AUGGGUGAGUUGACUGAUGGUCAACCCCUUUUUGCUGGGGAGUCGGAGGUCGACCAACUCUUCGUGAUCCAGAAAGUGCUGGGGCCCUUGACUCCAGAGCACAUGGAAAUGUUCUUAAGGAACCCACGCUUUUUGGGCAUCCAGUUUCCGGAUGUGAGCCGACCAGAGACGCUGGAGAAGCGCUACCUGCGGCGAAUGCUCAAGGCGCAGAUGCAAUUGCUCAAGGGCGUUUUGGUGAUGGAACCGCGCCGACGCUUGAGCGCCCGCGAGAUGCUGCGCAUGCCUUGGUUUGAGGUGCUGGCUUUCGGGGUCCGUGGGGCAUCGGGGUUCGCCGGAGCAUCCGUGGUUGGCGGCGAGGUUGGAGAGGCCUUUGGUACCCCAUCUUGCCAGGAUUCCUGGUCUUUAGCAGGAAAAAGGAUGCUAUAA